AUGGCCAGUCUGCUCUGGGCUGCUGCGAAUCCCCGGGGGCUGUUCCCCUGGAGGGGCUACUGCUCCAGGGGGACGCAGGGCGAGCUCAGCAAAGGCUUUGUGGAGGCUCUGAAGGCAGUUGUGGGGAGCCCUCAUGUGUCCACUACCGCUGCUGACCGAGAGCAGCACGGGCACGAUGAGUCCAUGCACAGGUGCCGACCUCCAGGCGCUGUGGUGUGGCCCCAGAAUGUGGAACAGGUCAGCCGGCUGGCCGCCCUGUGCUACAGCCAAGGAGUGCCCAUCGUCCCAUUUGGCACCGGCACGGGGCUUGAGGGUGGAGUCUGUGCCAUGCAGGGCGGCGUCUGCAUCAACCUGACACACAUGGACCGAAUCCUGAGGGUGAACCCACAGGACUUCUCUGUGGUGGUGGAGCCCGGCGUCACCCGCAAAACUCUCAACACCUACCUGCGGGACAGUGGCCUCUGGUUUCCUGUGGACCCCGGCGCGGACGCCUCCCUCGGGGGCAUGGUGGCCACCGCGGCCUCCGGCACCAACGCUGUGCGGUACGGCACGAUGCGGGACAACGUGCUGAACCUGGAGGUGGUGCUGCCUGGUGGCCGGCUGCUUCACACCGCGGGCCUGGGCCGGCACUUCCGGAAGAGUGCAGCCGGCUACAACCUCACAGGGCUCUUCGUGGGCUCUGAGGGGACACUGGGACUCAUCACGGCCGCCACCCUGCGCCUGCACCCUGCCCCUGAGGCCACGGUGGCCGCCACCUGCACAUUUCCCAGUGUUCAGGCGGCUGUGGAUGCCACCGUUCACAUCCUCCAAGCUGCAGUGCCCGUGGCCCGCAUUGAGUUUCUGGAUGAAGUCAUGAUGGACGCCUGCAACAGGCACAGCCAGCUGAACUCCUCCGUGGCACCCACACUCUUCCUCGAGUUCCAUGGGUCUGAGAGGGCACUGGCCGAGCAGAUAGAGCGGGCAGAGGAGAUCACCCAGCACAACGGAGCCUCCCACUUCUCCUGGGCCAAGGGUGCCCAGGAGCGCAGCCGGCUCUGGGCGGCGCGGCACAACGCCUGGUACGCCGCUCUGGCCCUGCGGCCGGGCUGCAAGGGCUAUUCCACUGACGUGUGUGUGCCCAUCUCCCGGCUGCCGGAGAUCCUGGUGCAGACCAAGGAGGACCUGAAGGCAUCAGGACUCACAGGAUGCAUUGUUGGACAUGUGGGAGAUGGCAAUUUCCAUUGCAUCCUGCUGGUGGACCCAGAGGACACUGAGGAGCUCCGCAGGGUCAGGGACUUUGGAAAACAGCUGGGCAGGCGGGCACUGGCACUCCAUGGGACGUGUACUGGGGAACAUGGCAUUGGGCUGGGCAAGCGGCAGCUGCUACAGGAAGAGGUGGGCGUCGUGGGCAUGGAGAUCAUGCGGCAGCUGAAGGCCAUGCUGGAUCCCCGAGGCCUCAUGAACCCAGGCAAGGUGCUGUGA